AAUCGUGUGAUUUGUAUUUGCAUUUGUUUGACUGGUCUUUGCUACUCUCUCUCUCUGUUCUUUCUUUGAAGAGGGAGAGAGAGAAAGGGUCACCGGCCGCCCCCGCCAAUUGAACCCUCCUCCUUCUUUCCUUUCUACAAUAAAAGUCAAUUCCCAGAGCCACCGACCCAACUGGUAACCCGCCCACUCUUCUUCUACGAUUAUAUCCACCUUUUCUCUCUCUCUCUCUCUCUCUAAUUUCAAUCUUCAUUUGUUGAUUUGUUCUUCUUUGGUCUGAAUUCUCUUCUGGGAAUUGGAGGUUUUCCGAAAAGGUUUAGUUUUUGAUUGAAUUGGAUUGGUUCUUUGGCCAUGUCUACGUCCAACGCUGGGGGUGCUGGAUCCAAUGAUUCCAAUGCUACCAGGAGACAAAGCAAGAGACCCAAGUACUCAAAGUUUACACAACAAGAACUUCCAGCAUGCAAACCUAUUCUCACACCAAGAGCGGUUAUUUCAGCAUUCUUGAUUGUCACCAUUGUGUUCAUUCCCAUUGGAGUUGCUUCAUUAAUUGCUUCGCAUGAUGUUGUUGAAAUUAUCGAUCGGUACGACUUGCGCUGCAUACCGUCAAAUGUGACAGACAAGGUGGCAUACAUUCAGACUCCUGGAGAAAAGCAAUGCAACAGGCAGCUAACUGUGGACAAGCGUAUGAAAUCCCCUAUCUAUGUUUACUACCAGCUUGACAACUUUUACCAGAAUCAUCGCCGGUAUGUUAAAAGCCGAAACGAUGAACAGCUGAGGGAUUCUGGAAAAGCAAACUCAGUAAGUGGUUGUGAGCCUGAAAAUAAUGCAAAUGGAAAGGCAAUUUUACCUUGUGGUCUUAUAGCUUGGAGCUUGUUCAAUGAUACAUACAGCUUCUCACGCAACAGCAAGAAUUUGACAGUGAACAAGAAAGACAUCUCAUGGAAGAGUGACAGGGACCACAAAUUUGGAAGUGACGUUUUUCCUAAAAAUUUCCAGAAUGGUUCUAUAAUAGGCGGUGGUAGCCUCAAUGAAAGUAUACCAUUGAGUGAGCAAGAGGAUCUUAUUGUUUGGAUGCGAACUGCUGCUUUGCCAACUUUUAGGAAGUUGUAUGGAAAGAUUGAGGUGGAUCUGGAGAAAGGCGAUGUCAUAAACGUGAAUUUGCAUAAUAACUACAACACAUACAGUUUUAAUGGCAAGAAGAAGCUUGUUCUGUCAACUACUAGCUUUCUCGGUGGAAAGAAUGACUUCCUUGGCAUUGCUUAUCUCACUGUUGGAGGACUGAGCUUCUUUUUGUCAAUGGCCUUUACCAUCGUAUAUCUUGUCAAGCCAAGGCAACUUGGAGAUCCCUCUUAUUUGUCAUGGAAUAGGAACCCAGGAGGGCACUGAGCAAAGAAACUUGAUCUUCCCAGAUUUGCAUGGCUUGUGCAUUAUACACACUACAGCGGUUGUAAUUGUACAUCAAUUACUCAUACAUGCUUUUUUUUUUUGGAAGAAAUUACUCAUAAUAACUAUUCAGAUAUUAGGUGCUAUUAUUAUCCCUCUACCCCAAAAAAAUUAUUUUAUUCUACAUCAGAAUUGGUAUAUCUUGUAUUUUAUGACAAAUAGCGUCUAAUUAUUUGCUAGUUACUUUUAUAGCUACUUUUAUACAAUUUGAGAAAACAUAGGUAGGUUCCUGCUUGGUAUACUUUUAUAGCUUUGAGAAAACAUAGUUAUGUACAUGAGAUGAAAUGGUACUUUACCAUAAAGGGAUUCUUUUUCACUUGAGUUUUUGUUUUAA